GACAGAGGCAUUAUUAUCUGAGACAGUACACAGCAAAGACAGCUAAUCACAGCAAACGCUAAGGUCUCCAUAGAAGAUUCAUCAUGUCAGAGUCACCUGAGAUUGAGGAACUACCAGCAACCCAAACAGGGCCCAAAGGUGUGAUCCAUGACUGGAGGAAGUUUAAACUUGAGAGUGAAGACCAUGAUAGUAUCCCUUCCAACAAGAGAGAGCUCCUCAGACAGAUGUCUAACCCUAGAUCCAGUGAUGACCCACGGGAUAAAGUGAACCGUAAGAUGAGCAUUCAAGAAUACGAGAUGAUCCAAGAAGAGGACGAACAGUGUCUCCGUAAGUAUCGCAAGCAGUGCAUGCAGGAGAUGCACGAGCGCCUGAGUUUCGGGCCCAAGUUUGAUUCUGUGUUUGAUCUGGAGAGUGGAGAGGCCUUUCUGGAUGUCAUCGAGAAUGAGCAUCACCUGACCCUAGUGGUGGUGCACAUCUAUGAGGACGGGAUCGGAGGUUGCGAUGCCCUCAACAACUGCUUGACUUGCCUGGCAGCAGAAUAUUCGACCGUCAAAUUCUGCCGAAUCCGAGCCUCAGCCACAGGAGCGGGUGAGCGUUUUUCAGAGGACGUUCUGCCCACCCUGCUGGUCUACAAGGCUGGAGAGAUGCUGGGCAACUUCCUAUGUGUUACAAAGCACAUGAAUGAAGAGUUUUUCGCCACAGACGUGGAGAACUUCCUAAACGAGUACGGCCUGCUGCCAGAGAAAGAGUUUGCAGCAAGUCCUGAUGAGGAGGAGAACGCGGAUGUGGAAUAAUCAGAAGUUAAUUACUUUAGUCAACCUGUCAGACUUAAUACAGAGAUAGAUUGAGUAAUGAUGCUGUGACUGCUGGGCCAUGAUUCCACAAACACGCACACCUCAAGGCAUUUACUAACAGCUGAUUUACAGCAGUUUAAUACUUCAUAGUGUUAUCAAAGGCGCACAGUCAUGCUCAUUUUAUUAGCCAGAGCUCUCACAAGUCUUUCAAUGACUUUUCCAUGACUGUUCCAGUAGUUUCUGAUAAGGAUUUUAAAGCUCAUUCUUAUUCAGUUUUAAAUUUGUGAAGCAGCUGAGUGGAAAAAACCCUGAUUCAUUUAAUUAUUACUGUUGUAAGUCAGUUCUUUACUCUUUACACCACAGAGCUUUAAAAAACCCAUAUAUAUUGUAAGUGAAUAGCAAAGUGAUGUCACAUCUUCUCAAACAAUAUAGGGCAAAAUUUAAUCAGUUUCAGUAGUUUGAUCCAUCUUUCCAGAUGCAAAACUUUCAGAAAAGUUGCAUCGCAUGGUAAACCAUUUUUAAACUAGAACCUAAAGUUCAUUGAUGAACUUUGAUGUUGGCUUGAGAAAGCCAACUUGACUGCGGUAGGACUGGGAAUGGCAGUUGGCAGGAAGCACAGUGGUUUCGAAGUGGUUGCUAGGCAGUUGCUAAAAUGUUUAUGACAUUGCUAGGUGGUUUCUAAGCAUUUGCUAAAUGUCUCGUGUACAUGUUUGAUCAAAUGCUUAUACUUAGUAGACAUUUCUAGCAUAUGUUAUUGCACUUAGAUAAUCCUUAAUAGUAUGUGGCUAAUCGUUAUUAGCAAUUGGCUUAUCAUUGGUACCAUGCAUAGUACACAUGAAGUCCCAUUUGCUAGCAUGAGUAAAACAAGCUAAUACCCAGGUCCCUACGAUGUUCUGAUGUAGAGAUAUUGCUGUUUUUAAAUGGUUGCUAGGUUAGCCUGUUUUGUUGCUAUGGGGAUAAUUGACAGCUCAGUGAUGAUACAAAGCUUCUUGCCAAUAUGAGUGAUAUAAAUCAACUUGCUUGCCAUAUUCUAUCGAAAAUAUAAUGCAUGCUUAAUAAGUGUGAAAGGGAUACAUGCAAAAAUGGCUUGCCGAAUCGGUAAAAAAUAUGGAGUUUAAGUCAAAUGGCUAGCCACAUUUUAGGUCUGAUAAACCUGAAAAGAUAGAGCAACAAAAUCUAAUGCAAGACACAGCUUUUGGCCGAAUUUGAGGCUUGUAUAAUUUUUUUUAUAUGCCCGGAUUAUUAAAGUAUAAUAUUUAACAUUUUUUAUUAAAAAACGAUAAGUCUGAUUAGCAUGAGGAGAUAUAGCAACAAUCUUGAAUGCAGAAGGCACAUUUGACCAAAUUUGGGUCUUGUAGCAUAAACAGUCUAGGAGGAGAUACUUUUGUUUUCGAGGACAGAGUAGUAUAACAGUAUGUUGGCUUUCUCAAGGCAACAUAACUUGAGUUGGUUUCCAGUGAAGAUGUCAUGGGCAGGUGUGACUAUGAGGCUCUUUUCUUUUUAAGGUCAUCUUUUUAGGUGUUGUGUCUUUUUUCAACCACCUGCCGAUUUAUAACCCCAUCAUUGAUAUCGCUACCUGUUUGCCUGAUCCAAAACCUCACCCCUAAUCAUAUCACUUAACCAUAAACCUACCAUGCGGCAAUAAUUUGGCAGGGAUUCAGAAUUUGGCACAACGUCUAUUCACAUUCUUCAGUCUGUUGAUGUCUGACGUCCACAAGUGAAAUUAUAAACACUGAAGAGUAGCUUAAUACUACAAAUUGAACAUUGUUUUUAAGGUUUUAAAUUGGUUCAAUAAGAAAAAUCAAUCAAUCAAUCAAUCAAUCAAUAGUUUCACUAACCAAACAUUGUAUUGAGACAGUAUUUUAAAUAAAUUUUGUUUUUUUAAACAUGAUCAA